AUGAAUUUUUUCUAUGGAAAAAUAAAGUAUCUUGGCAAAGUCUUUUAUAAUGAUUUUUGGAACAACCUAUGGUUGUUCAAAGACCCUUUCAUACAUUUUAAUAGGUAUCAAGAAAAGUCAAUUUUGGCCUCAAAGGAUACGUCUCUUCUGAUCAAUAAGUGGAAAUAUUCCUUUGUCGAUUUAUGGCAAUAUUAUUUUUACUUUUGGUCUCAAUCAGGAAGAGUCCGUAUAGAUCAAUUAUCUAAAUAUUCUCUCGACUUUCUGGGCUAUCUUUCAAGUGUGCAAUUAAAUCCUUCAGUGGUACGGAGUCAAAUGCAAGAAAAUUCAUUUCUAAUAGAUAAUGCUGUGAAGACGUUGGAUACAAGAAUUCCAAUUACUUCGCUCAUUGGAUCAUUGUCUAAGGUGAAAUUUUGUAACACAUUAAGGCACCCUAUUAGUAAGCCAACGUGGGUCGAUUCCCCCAAUUUUGAUUUUAUUGACCGAUUUGUGCGUAUAUCCAGAAAUCUUUCUCCUUAUCACAGUGGAUCUUCAAAAAAAAAUUUUGUAUCGAAUAAAAUAUAUACUUCGGUUUUCUUGUGUUAAAACUUUGGCUCGUAAACACAA